CGCACCGACUCCAUCACUCAUUCCCCAGCCAAGGGUUUCAUCUGCUCACAUAAUUUGUUAAUUAGUGUGUCUGUGACUGGUUCCUAGCUUCCUACCAUAUCACUCAGUCUGCGUCUGUGACUCCUUCCGUAGCCAGUACCGAGCGCAACCUGCCUUUGGCCGUCUUUCAAUAGAUCUGAUCGCUGUGUCAGUCUGAGUUUUCGGCAGCGGUGGCUUUUUAGAAAGCUGUUGUUGGCCCACCCAUCCAAGGUGGAGUCUUCCAAGUUCCAGUGUUUUUUUAUGUCUGUUGACACCUUCGCUGUUCUCAGGUCGGCAGGCCUGCUCGCAGAGUACUUUCCUACGACAAGGAAACGGCAUGCUGGUUCUCCUCCGAGAAAGAAGGAGCUGAUCGCAUACACCUCCGUUUUGGCUGUUUCUGAAGAGCGUCACCAGCUUCCCGGUUGUUCUGUGCGGUGCGUGCUGCCUGCUUCUUUAUCCGCCAAUCCUUAAAGACCGUAAUCUGUUCGUCAACGACACCAUGGCUCUCGUUAAUAUCGGUCAGGACAACAAGGACGAUGGCUUCUACCGGUACAAGAUGCCGAAGCUGAUUACGAAGAUCGAAGGACGUGGUAAUGGCAUCAAGACCAAUGUUGUGAACAUGGUCGAUGUUGCCAAGGCUCUUGCUCGUCCUCCUUCGUACACUACCAAGUACUUCGGUUGCGUGCUGGGGGCGCAGUCGAAGUUCGACGCGAAGACGGGCACUUCUACCGUGAACGGCGCGCACGACACCACGAAGCUGGUCCAGCUUCUCGAAGGAUUUAUCAAGAAGUACGUCCAGUGUUAUGGCUGCGGCAAUCCGGAAACCGAGGUUAUCAUCACCAAGAAUCAGUGUAUUACCCUCAAGUGCGCUGCGUGCGGCUUCGUCUCGGAUGUCGACAUGCGCGACAAGCUAACCACCUUCAUCCUCAACAAUCCUCCCGAGGUUAAGAAGAAGGGAUCGAAGACCAUGAGGCGUGCGGAGAAGGAGCGGCUGAAAGCUGGUGAGGCUCUUGAUGAGGAGAAGAAGUCCAAGGUGAAGAAGUCCAAGGACGGAGAGAAGAGCUCAACUAAAAAGAGUUCAAAGAAGAAGACGGAGGAUGAAGAGAAGGUGGAGUCACCCGCUUCGAGCAACAAGGAUGAGGAAGAGGACGAUGAUGACGAUGUCGAGUGGCAGACUGACACGUCGGCUGAAGCGGCGAAGCAGCGUAUCAAGGAGCAGCUGAGCGCGGUGACUGCCGAGAUGGUCAUGGUGUCUACCGAUGACAAGGAGGUGAAGAGUCCCCAUCUUAACGGCAUGAGUCCGCAGCAGAAUGGCCACGUCUCCAAGACGAACGAGAAGCUUGAGGAGGAGCCUUUGGAUCCGCAUCAGACGCUUGUUUCGGAGCUCAGCGAUUACAUCAAGACGCAUAAGCUGGCCGAGGUCGCCAACCAUGUACUCAAGAUGACCGUUACGAAGGAGCUUCUUGCUGCUUUGGUCGAGGCUAUGAUGCACGGGAUCUCCAAGGGCUUCGCCAAGGAGUUCAUGAAGAAGAAAGCUGUGUUUGCCGCCAUCGUGAACGAGGACGAGGAGAUGCAGAAGCAGCUUCUGUGCGCUCUGGAGUUCUUCUUCGCUGUCAAGGCAGGAGAGUCCAGCAAGGAGAUAGCGCUUAUCUUGAAGGCUCUCUAUGACGAGGAUAUUUUGGAGGAGGAUGUGAUCCUGGAGUGGCACGAGAACGGUACAAACGAUAUGCUUGACAAGGAGCAGGCAGCAAGUGCCCGCAAGCUGGCGGAGCCUUUUGUGAAGUGGCUGAAGGAGGCAGAGGCUGAUGAGGAGGAUGAUGAUGAGUAGUGUGGGCUGUGGCCUUGCAGUUUGGUUUUAGGAAUUCAUGGUGACUCUGAUUCUGGUUCUUGGUGUUGGAAGUUUAAGUGUGACUUGGCAUGCCAUUGAUGCUUGUGAUAGUGCAUUGGAGUGUUUUGCUAGUAGCUCGAAUAUGGUAUUUUAACAUGUGAA